GGGAGCCGCCUGCCUCUCCCGGCCCGUUGUGUCAGGCUCGCCUGCGGCCCCUCCUCUCCGCUCCUCCUCCUCCCUGGUCCCUGUAGGUGUGUCUCGGGCUCUGUGGCAGCCUGUCCCACUCCCGGCUGAGACACCGCCCGAGAGGUCACCCACCCUCACUUCCAGCGAGCCCGACGCCGACCAGCCCGGUGACCCACAAUGGAAGCCGCAGAUGCCUCCAGGAGCAAUGGGGCCAGCCCGGAAGCCAGGGAUGCCCGCAGCCCUCCGGGCCCCAGCGGCAGCCUGGAGAAUGCGGCCAAGGCCGAAGGCAAAGAGGCCAAGACCACCAAUGGGCACGGCGGGGAGGCGGCCGAGGGCAAGAGUCUGGGCGGUGCCCUGAAGCCGGGCGAGGGGAAGGGCUCCCUUUUCUCGGGAAACGAGUGGCGGCGGCCCAUCAUCCAGUUUGUCGAGUCCGUGGACGACAAGAGCUCCAGCUACUUCAGCAUGGACUCCGGGGAAGGCAAGCGGUCCCCCUACGCCGGGCUCCAGCUGGGGGCCGCCAAGAAGCCGCCCGUCACCUUUGCCGAGAAGGGGGAGCCACGCAGGUCCAUCUUCGCGGAGCCCCGCAAGCCCACGGUGUCCAUCGUGGAGCCCGGGGAGGUCCGGCGGAACAGCUACCCCCGGGGCGACGCGGGCAUCCUCCUGCGCGCCAAGUCGGGCUCCGAGGAGGUCCUGUGUGACUCGUGCAUCGGCAACAAGCAGAAGGCCGUCAAGUCCUGCCUGGUGUGCCAGGCCUCCUUCUGCGAGCUGCACCUCAAGCCCCACCUGGAGGGCGCCGCCUUCCGCGACCACCAGCUGCUCGAGCCCAUCCGGGACUUCGAGGCCCGCAAGUGCCCCCUGCACGGAAAGACCAUGGAGCUCUUCUGCCAGACGGACCAGACCUGCAUCUGCUACCUCUGCAUGUUCCAGGAGCACAAGAGCCACAGCACCGUGACGGUGGAAGAGGCCAAGGCCGAGAAGGAGACGGAACUGUCACUGCAAAAGGAGCAGCUGCAGCUCAAGAUCAUCGAGAUCGAAGAUGAGGCGGAGAAGUGGCAGAAGGAGAAGGAUCGCAUCAAGAGCUUUACCACCAAUGAGAAGGCCAUCCUGGAACAGAACUUCCAGGAUCUGGUGCGGGACCUGGAGAAGCAAAAGGAGGAAGUGAGGGCUGCACUGGAGCAGCGGGAGCAGGAUGCCGUGGAUCAAGUGAAGGUGAUCGUGGAUGCUCUGGACGAGAGGGCCAAGCUGCUGCAUGAGGACAAGCAGACCAGGGAGCAGCUGCACAGCAUCAGUGACUCGGUGCUGUUUCUGCAGGAAUUUGGUGCCCUGAUGAGCAACUACUCCCUCCCCCCGCCCCUGCCCACCUAUCACGUUCUGCUGGAGGGGGAGGGCCUGGGGCAGUCACUGGGCAACUUCAAGGACGACCUGCUUAACGUGUGCAUGCGCCAUGUUGAGAAGAUGUGCAAGGCAGACCUGAGCCGUAACUUCAUCGAGAGGAACCACAUGGAGAACGGGGGUGACCAUCGCUUCAUGAACAGCUACAGCAACAGCUACACGAGCGAGUGGAGCGCCCCGGACACGAUGAAGAGAUACUCCAUGUACCUCAUGCCCAAGGGUGGGGCCAGGACGGCGUACCAGCCGGCAUCCCCCAGCCGCCUCACCAAGGAGAAGAACUUCAACAAUCUCUAUGGAACCAAAGGUAACUACACCUCCCGGGUCUGGGAAUACUCCUCCACUGUUCAGAACUCCGAUGACCUGCCUGCCGUGCAAGGCAGCUCCUCCUUCUCCCUGAAAGCAGGCACUGGGAAAGUCCCCUAUCAGUUCACCACCUUGGGACAGGCCACCACAGAGUUUUCCAAACCACUGGACGGCAGUGGGCUGUUUAAAAAUAAUCCUGGUUACCCCUCCCUCAUCAGGAGCCAGAGCCCCAAGGCCCAGCCUCAGACUUGGAAAUCUGGCAAGCAGACCAUGCUGUCGCACUACCGGCCAUUCUACGUCAACAAAGGCAACGGGGUCGGGUCCAACGAGGCCCCGUGAGUUCCAGGAAGGCGGGAACGAGGGGCCGCCACCCGCCCUCCCCGCCGGCCCUGCGGCUCUUGCUACUCUUCUCAUCUGUGCGUGGUGGGGGAGCCUGCCCCGCACCUGCCCUCCCCCAGCCCCCAGCCCGCUUCUCAGGGCCGCCUGGCCUGCCCCCUCCUCCCCAUUACCCACGCUCCACCCAGGCCCCCCCCCCGCCCCCGCUUUGUGACUCACGGUCGCCGUCUUUCCUGCGCUCAGAGGCCAACCCUCACGGGCAUGCAAGAUAGCGGGCUUCUCUCCCCUAACUCGCCACCCUCUCCUCUUGGCUGGGGUGGUUGGGGCCAGUGGUGGGGGCCCAGAUGGUACCAGCCUGCCUGCCCUGCCCAGGCCCCUGCGGUCUUCAGGCCCGUUGGCCAUUUCUCUCCAAGCCCCGACUGCGCGAUGCGGUCAGUAGGAACCUGGCCACGGCAGCUGCCCAUCUCCCAUCCACACGGGCCCACCUCUUCCCAGCAGCCCGCUCCCCCCCCAGAAGAAGACUGGCCCCGUAUGCCCUGCUCUGGUCCCCCCACCAAAGCCCAGGCUGGCGGCACCUGGAGCUCUUGGACACUGCGGAGGGAAACCUCAGUGUCUUGGCAUCAUCCCACCUGGCCUCAGGUCCCCCCAUGUCCACCUUGAGUCCACGGUCCCUGAGGACACGCUCUUCCGGCUGGCAGGAUGAUCUUCACCAAAAUACGCCUUUCUUCUACCUGCUGAGAUGGUUCCCUUGACAACAUCUACUCCACCCAU